GAGCAUAAAUCAAGGAAUUGAAUUGGCUUAAUUUAGGAAGCCAUGUAAAAUAUUUUGACAAAGGAGAAAUUAACUGUUUUGAAUCAUUACUUGGAGUUCUUUACCUAAACUCCAACAUAGUAACCUCUGAAGCUCUUGGUAUAUCUCUCUAACUCUCUCCUCUUUUUCAUUCGUAGCCUUCAAAUUCUUGUAUUUCAGGAGUAUAAUUUUCUUUCAAUUUUCUGGACUGCUGUCUCUGAAUUUUUACCUAGCUGAAGCUUCUUUUGCAUAGCUAGCUUUAAGUCGCAGCCGAAAGAAGCAUGGGUCCACAGCAGUGUAAGGUCUGCAACGAUGCAAAAUCCAAAUACAAAUGUCCAGCAUGUCUUGUACCAUAUUGCUCCCUUGCUUGCUUCAAGAAGCAUAAAGAAACUCCGUGUGCUUCUGUGAAGUCAGUGGUGUCUGAUGAAAAACCAAAAACAUCUAUUGAAACUCCAUGUGCGGCUUCUAAACCAGCAGUGUCUGAUGAUGAACCAAAAACAUCGUAUGCUAUACCUGUAUCCUGUGAUAAAAUACCAAUGAUUCCUCAAACGCUUACAGAAAGACCACUCUUUAUUGAUGAACCAUGUGAAGUAUUGGAUAAAGCUAAAUUGGAAUCUAUAGUCGCUUCUUCUGAAAUUCGAGAUGCUUUGAAGAGUGAAGGCCUCCAAAAGCUCAUCUGCAGCAUAGAUGAUUCCCCAAAUGCUUUGGAAGAACUUGAAAAGGCUAUGGGUGAAGAUGUGUUCCGCUUAUUCUCUGACAAGGUAUUGUCUGCAGCGAAUCCCUAGGAGAGUGUAUAGCCGCUAUGUUAGUGCAAUUUUUGGUGAGUUUCUCUGUAACAUCAUCCAGCUUGAGCAGAUAUAGAGAAAUGUUAUGUAAUUGGUCAGACUACAACUGAAUCAAGAUGAACAAAUCUAUUUGAUGUCAAGUGACCCCCUGGUUUCCAACCUUCGAUGUGUCAUCUGAUAGCUACUUGAUACGGAAACAGUCUUUUCUUGUGAGUUCAAGAGUUGUGGCAUUCUGUACGUUUUUUUUUACUGGUGAUUGAUUGGUUAACUGAUCAUUAGGUAAAACCAGUUGGCCAAACAAAUAUCGUGGUGCAUUGGAGUGUUUGUACGGUAAUGUAUGCAGUAAUGCAGAAUUUUAUUGCUUAAGCACAAUCAAUAGAUCAAACAAGUUGCCAAAAACCGUGUGCAUUUUGAAAUUA